CUGAGAUCAAGUUUUGAUUAGAAAGGCUGAAAAUAAACUGCAGUUUAUUCAACAGGUGAACUAGGAAAGUCUGUUGUAUUUAAUGUGAUCACAGCAUCAUCUGCUGGUUGAAAUAAUUCACGUCGCCUUACACCAAUGCGGAGUCUUUGUUUUGUCCCUCUUGCUCGCCGUAGUUGUUAUAAUCCAAAAUGGCGGCAUCCUUGAGGACGUUUUGUAUCGCAGUGUCUAGGAAGUCUAUACGCCCAUUUUCAUCGACAUGUGUGACCCAUGCAGGAAAGAAGUGGAGACUGGAAAAUGGUUUAGCACGUAGUGGAUCAGAGUACGGACCAUUAACAGAUCUACCUGACUGGUCAUUUGCAGAUGGAAGGCCUGCACCUCCACUAAAAGGACAGAUCCGCAGACAAAAGCAAAGAGAGGAGUUUGCUAGAAGAGCAGUGUAUCUCAAUGCAGAGGUGGAUGAAGGGAUGAAGCAAUGGCAUGAAAGAAAGGAAGUGGAGAAACGGAAAGAAGAGCAUGUGAAAUCAUUAUUGUUGAAACCUAAAGGAAAUUUAUUAUUAAAGAACAAAAAAUAAAGAUACUUGGGGACAAAAAAA